ACCUCCUUCUCCAUCGGAGGAGUAUAUAAUGGAUGAACACUUGGGGAUUUUGAAAGUCAUCGUUGUGCAAGGAAAACGAUUAGUGAUUCGGGAUUUCAAGAGUAGCGAUCCUUAUGUUGUGGUAAAGCUAGGAAAUCAGACAGCAAAGACUAAGGUGAUUAAUAGUUGCUUGAGCCCUGUUUGGAAUGAAGAGCUUAGUUUCACUCUGACAGAACCUGUGGGAGUUCUAAAUUUGGAAGUGUUCGAUAAGGAUCUUUUGAAGAGUGAUGACAAGAUGGGAAAUGCCUUCCUCAACCUUCAACCACUAUUCUCUGCAGCUAGAAUAAGAGACGUUUUACGGGCUUCCUCCGGUGAAACAACAAUAAGGAAGCUCGUACCCGACAGCGAAAACUGCCUCGUUCGCGAAAGCAGCAUCAACAGUGUUAAUGGCGAACUGGUGCAAAACGUUUGGUUACGGCUUCGGGGAGUUGAGUCUGGUGAGCUUGAGUUGACAAUCAAGUUCAUCACUCCGACCACUCCCUCAGCAUAAGACAAACAAGUUCACUAAGGUUGCUUCCUCUGUAUAAUAGGGCAGAUAUUGUUAAGUGUUUCUUGUGUUAGAUCUCUUCUCAAGAUCAUAAUUGUAACUUUGUGUGUGUAGUUUCAUUUUUCUUCUGAUUAGCUUCUUACAUGUAUCUUUCACUGUAACAAGUGGUUUGUUUAUGGCUUCUUUGGUCUCUAUUGUGUUGUGAUUUCUUUUCUCCUUGCUUUAAUCUUCCACACAUGUAGAAGUUGGGCUUUCAUUCGAGAAGUGAAAAUUUAUUUAGUGUUUGCUUAAA